AUGACGAGCGACUUCACCAGCAAAGAUAUCCAGAGAUGCCAUCAUUAUGCUAGAUUCAUGCAGAAUCUGACGGUAGUCCAGGCAAACAUUGUCUUCUGGCUACUGUUCAUCGUGGUGUUAGUCUUGAUGUGCGUCGCUGCGUACCAGCAUCAUAGAUCAAACACUAUCCCCGACAUAGAACGCGGCUGCUCAGCACGGCACUACCGCCACGGCGUGCAGCGCCUACGACGUCGCUAUCUCGGCAUCGCAACGCUCUGCUUCCUCAUAUCCAUAUCCUGCGUCAUGCUAGAAUGCUUCGCGCUCUUCAACAUCCAGUACUGCGAUGGCGAGGACCUCAUGCAGCUGUACUGGGGCUUCUGGUCCGUAGUGCAGGUGGGCAGCCUGAUUGCGAUUAUGGGGGUCAUGGUGCAGUUCUGGAUCGUGAUGCAGAAGCAUGAUACGCCGCCGUGGGGCGUGGCGUUGGGGACGCCGGUGCUGGUUUUCGCGGCGCUGGGGUGGAUUUUCAAAUCGCUGUGGAAUAGGCUGUUGGGUAGGUGUACGGGGAAACAGUUUGGGGAGGAAGAGACGGAUGAUGAGGGUGGGGAUGGGGAUGGGGAUGGGGAUACGGUGAAUGAGAUGAAUAAGUGGUUUAGUAGAGCGUAG